AUGUUUCUCAUCUACGUUGCCUAUUUUCUUCUCAUCAAAUCAAUAUUUGUUCACAGUGAAUUAUUUACAUCAACAACACAUUUAACUCAUUUAUUAAAUACUGAAAUUGAAUUAUCCAAACAAUUAGAAACUUAUUUAAAAAAAGAAUAUGAACGAUUAGAUCAAGUAGAAAAAUUUCUUAAUGUUAUUAAAGAUGAAAUUCGUCAAGCACAAGGCAAUGGAGAUUAUUAUUUUGGUAAUCCAGUUAAUGCAUAUCUAUUUAUUAAACAUCUAACAGUUGAUUGGUAUACUGUAGAAGAAACUGUUUCUGUUGAAAUAUCAAAAACAAUGGGUGAUAAUUGGUUAUUUCCAUCAUUUGAAGAUUAUACAGGUUCAGCAGUUGGUUUAAUGCGUUUACAAGAUACUUAUAAAUUGAAUACAAGUGACAUAGCAAAUGGUGAAAUCAGUUCAAAUUUUAAAUCACGAAAAUUAAGUGCUUUGGAAUGUUAUGAUUUGGGACGUAUUGCAUAUACAAGCGGAGAUUUCUAUCAUACAUUAAUGUGGAUGCAAGAAGCUCUUGAUCAUUUAAAUACAGAACCUAAUAAUACAGCAGUUAACAAAAUUAAUAUUCUUGAUCAUCUUGCUUAUGCAACAUCUCAGCAAGGAAAUGUUGAACAUGCUUUAGCAGUAACAGAACAAAUACUUUCUCUUGAUCCGGAUCAUGUUCGAGCAAGAAAUAAUAAAGAUCAUUAUGAAGAACUUAUUCGAAAUAAAAGAUUGACAGCUGGUGAUGAUGCACCAACUCUUGAUUUAUUUCCAGCAAUGGAUAAACUUGAUAAAAUUGAUAUAAAAAAUCAACGACCACAGGAUUAUUUAGAAGAACGUGAAAGAUAUGAACAACUUUGUCGACAAAAUGAAUCAAAAUUGGAUCCAAAACGUGCAGCAAAAUUAUUUUGUCGUUAUCGUCAUAAUAAUCACCCAUAUCUUUUAUUACGACCAGCCAAAGAAGAACAAUUAUUAGAUCAACCAGCUCUAUAUCUUUUUCAUGAUAUUAUUAGUGAUAAAGAUAUUGAAGAAGUAAAAAGACUUGCUUCACCAAGAUUACAACGUGCGAUUGUUCGAGAUUCUGGAAGCGGUACUUUCAAAGCAGCUGAAUAUAGAACUAGUAAGAGGUACUACAAUUAUGAACAGUGACAGUUAUAUAUUCUUUUGUAUUGAAUAAUCAUAAAAUGCAUCGUGUGUUUGUUUU